ACAUCACAAAGUGGCACUCCCCCAUCACUGGGACACUCUGUGGUGACAACUAGGGGUUACUGGGCACUGCCUGUAACCUCAGUCAGGGUUGGGGGGUUGUUCUGGUGGGUGUGAGGGCUUUUAUGGGAGAGCCCUCAGGGACAGGCAGGGCAGGGGCUGAUUGGAGAGGAAUUUGGGGAGCAAGAUGGAGGAGUGCUGCACGAUCAGCAUCAGCAAGAAGCAGAGUUGCUUGUUCCCCACACUACUGCGGCUCUCCACCAAAGAGGUGGUGGCCAUCUGGGAUGUCGUGUCUGCCUACAUCCUAGGACAGAUGAAGCUGGACAAGGGUGUUCUUGUCCCAGGUCUUGGGACCUUUGCUGUGGUCCAUGAGGAAAUCAAUGGCACAGAAGAGGUGUAUGUGGUUCGAAGACCUGUGUUCCAGCUGGACAUGGACAUGUCUUGUCUACGGGAGCUGGUGUUCCCAACAGUGAUGAUGCCUGGUGACAUCGAGAUCAUGCCACUGGAUUACUGGUGGCUGUCCCAGACCAAUUCCCUCCCACCUGAUGUGGUGAGGGGCUGUGUGGAGGAGACCAUUCUCUUGUACUCCUUCCAGCUGAAGGACAGGCAGUACCCCGCCUUUGCCUUUGAGAAUGUUGGCAUCCUGUCCUGCCAGGACAAUGUCCUGUGCAUGCAGUUCCACUGCAGCUGCAUUGCAGGAUUGGAGAGUCGGGAAACCUGGGUGGCUCUGCUGCUCACGAGUCUGAGUGUGCCGGGUUCUGGUGUCAACAAUGGAGUCACCACUGCUCAGGGGGUGCAGGCUGCACAAGCCUAUAUUUUCCCCAGGUUUCAGCUUGCUUUGUCUGAGGCUUUUUCCACCCAACAUAUAAAGGGUGCAGAGAAACACAGGGUCAGAACAGAGCUUCCUCCUUUCCCAGGGGAACAAGAACAUCCUGGAAAGUUUUCCCUCCCUGUGCUGCCAUACCAGAGGUCAGGCACAAGGAAGCAAGAGCCAGGGCCAAAGCCACCUGCCAGUGUACUCACCCUAUACCCAGCCAGCUCUCUAAGGAUGAGGGAAGCAGGUGGGCAGGAGUUAGCUCCUUCAGCCAGGUCUGACAUCACACUUCUGGCUUCUGAGAACUGCCAGAGAGCACUGCAGGAGGUCUGGCAGCUGUCUGCAGAAUGGGAACAUGGGAAUUCCCUCUGGAGAGAACAGAAGGUGGAAUGGGCGGCAUGGGAAGCCUGGGCUGCUGGGGAGGACCAACAGAUGCUACAGGUAUUCGGCGUUGGAGGUGCUUGGGCUCCCCACCGUCCAUCCCAGCCCCCAAGAAAGGGGAUCACUAUGAGGUGGGGAAGGGCUGGAACCCCCCUCCCCACAGAAAAAAUGUCAGAGAGAUUCCAGCCUGGUACCAGACACCUUUCCUCACGAGCCAUCCAGGUGCUCCGUGGGCUGGAGCCACAUCAGACACAGAGGAACAUCUUCAUGUUUUUGGCUGAGAACAAGCGGCGGCGGCAGGAGCAGCAGAGGCAGUUCUGCAGCUCCAGGUGCUGGACCAGCGCAUGAAGGGCUGGGGCUGGAGCUGUGUCUGCAGCAGUGGCUGCUGGUGAUGGGGCUGAGAGGUCGCUCCCCUGCUGAGGUCCACCUGUGGAUACAAAAUAAAUACCUCUGUUCUCACCUGCACUGAGUGGCCUAGGCCUGGUGAUGAAGCUGCCUAAUGGCUGGGACCAUGC